UCCCUCGCUCUCUUUCUGGAACAGCAGCGGGUAUGGCGUGGUGCGAAGGAGUGGAGGCGCCCCGUCUCCUGAUAGCCCCCUUACCUCCCAUUACAAACAAAGGGGAAGAUAUAAUUGGAAAUGCAAAUGCAGAAGGAUGUUUAUUAUCUUUACGUCAUCCACAAUCAGGAAAACCAGCAUGUUACCUUCUCAGGGAAGGUUAUCUUCAAGAACUGCAUUGGUUUAAGCAGUCUUAUGGCUCUUGGUUUCUGGGAGACUAUGCUUGUGAAGAUGGCAGCCUAUAUAUUUCUACUCCAAUUGACCCCAUAUUUGUCCUUUUGCCAAUAUUUGAGGAAGCUCGUAUGAAGAAGGCAAGUGAUCAAGGGGUGUUUAGACAAUUGGAUGAAAUUCUGUAUGUUGAUGGCUAUCCGGGUUAUCAGCAUCUAUUUUCUGUGGCAAAAGAUACCAUGAAUAUGGUUUGUGAAGUGAAAGAAAUUGGAUCCUCAAAGUUCUUCAGACUUGAUAAUUCAAGGGUCCUGGCUUGGUUGUGUUGUAAGGUACAACACUUAAAAGCAACAUUGUUAGAAUUGGACAAAAACUACACUGCUCAAGAAGAAGGGGAAACAUUGAAGGAUGUUAUCUCAAUCUUGGGUGAGUAUGUGAAGGAUGAGCCUUGGUUGAUGCUGCUUUGCAGUCACUUGAAGUUGGAUAUUGAAGAAACACACAAGGAAACAACAAAAACCAUGACAGGCCAAAUUUUCCUAGAGAAUAAUUCAGAAUCUUGUCAUACUUUUCAGAGUAAAGUAGAGAAUGGAAGGAGCAUGACGAGCAAUAGAAGACAAUCAAAGAGACCAAAAACAGAAACCAAUUCGCAGAACAUUAAAGACAUGUUCCGCAGGGUUACGAGAAAGGGUACAUCAUGAAUCUGGAUUGAAAGAUGUGUUAACCUGUUGUUGGUCCUUUGUUUUUUACCUGUAAAAUGAUUUUAUAUUGAAGACCCCUUGAUUUUGUUUUAGCACAAAAAAUUCUCCGCUUAAUUGUUUGGGUUCUUAUUCUCAAGUGUGCAGCCAUGAUCAGUCUAAAUAAUUCAGUUCAAGUGGUAUAGUAAAACAAUGCAGUCUCCAAACUACUUUCUGCGAGUCCACAACUCGUGAGAGAACUGUAAGUUUCUCCUUCAAAAGUUGAUUGAUCAUUUUUCUUUCCGCUACGAUAA